AAGGUUCAACUUACAAAAAAACAAACUGAAAGUAGAUUCUUUUUCUUCAACUAAUGUAGUAAUGGACAAUAAAAAAUAGCUGUGUUCCUAGAUCUAUGUCUUUAUUAGCUAGUAUGUAUUACCACUCAUAGUCAAGAUUUUAUUUUAAAAUAAAUUGGGCCACUUCAUUCUCCUACGCUGAACGCUUGUGCUUUCCCUUUCAUUGGACACUGAGCACUGUUGCUGAACACUUCACUAGUAAACUACUACUAUAACUAGAAGAUGAAUAGAAACCAGAGUUUCCAAACAUCAAGGUACACUUUUCCUCAUCAACAACAACAACAACAACCACAAACUAUCAUUAACAAUUUAAUGCUACAACAGCAACAGCAGCAGUUUAGGACAUCCAAUCAGUUCAACAGUGAAAGAAUAUUAGGACAUCAAUCUGUUCAGAAUGGUCUUAGAAAUCCUCUUCCUUUUAAUAGUCAGAAACAUGUGAGACCUUGGCAUCAGAACCCUCAACAAUCUCAAUUCAAUCAGUUCACAAAUCCAGUCCAUUCAAAUAAUCCGUUUAUAAGAGCUGCAUCCAAUAAUGCAGAAUGUUUCCCUACUAUGCUCAGUUCACCAACUCCAACUAACUUUAAUUCCAAUGGAGUUUUAACUCAGACUUUUCCCAGUCAUUCUGUACUGGGUAACAAUCCUUGUCAUUUUAUUCCAACCCAUCAGCCUCCUCCCUCAAUGAAUGUUCAGACUUCUGUACCCUUUGGAAGUUGUAACAAAUUCUCAAGUGGACAAAGCAAUCCUGACUUUCAAGCUCCUAUGCAACACUACACAGCACAUAAACACAACUUUGCUUCAAAAUUAAAUUCAGGAUAUGAAAAAGUGAGAACAAAUAAUUCAAGAAUGACUUUUCCUAGUCAGAAAUAUGAUAAUAAUAAGGUACCUGCUGAUCUCAGUCCAAGAUAUAAUUCUGGUUCAAAACAUGAAUCAUCCCAUAGGAUUGGAACUUAUCAAUUAUCUCAUGGACAAAAGAAACAUGAUGAAGUUGCUGUAGAACUUGAAGAUAAUUUAAAUAACUCUGUAAAAAAUAAAGUUAGCAAAAGUGGAUAUACAACUUUGGGUUUCAAUAGUUCUUCAAAAAAUGAUGACAGAAAGAGUCAAUAUAGAGAGAAACGUGAUGAAAUAUCAAGGUCAAGAGAUGAAAAAAAACAUAUUUCUGUCAGAAAACAUAUUGACCACGCAGACUCAUCAAAGUACAACCCUAGAAAAGAGUCUUACAGAGAGACUGAAAAACUGAAUUUAAAAGAUGGAAGAAGAAAUUCUUAUACUUACAGAAAUGAUAGAAAUCAAGAUAGAGAGAAAAAUACAUUUUCUAGUAGGAAUGAGAGAAAGACAGUUUCCAGUAGGAGCAAAUCUUCUAGAUUUUCUAGAAGCCCUAUCAGAGAGAGGAAGCUUAGGACACACUCAUCAAGCUCAUCCAGUCAAAGCUGUAAAGUUUCCAAGCGUAGCCGUAGUCCAUCUUUAACAUAUGAACAAGAUUUGGGCACUAUACAUAAACAUUUGAGCCAGUAUAGACAAGAUUUGCUAUGUAGUGAGCAUCUAGAUAAUAAUGACAUGGACAAGUUAAGUCCUAGCAAAAAAAGAAAGAUUGAAAGUGACUUAGCCGAAAAUUUAGAGUCUGAACCAGUUGGUUAUUUUACUCGAAGUUGCCCUGCUGAUUUGUAUUUUUUUAAGAAUCCUGAAACAGGAAAUAUGGAAGCCACUUCUCGUAUGGUUGAACUAGAAAAUAGAUUUGAAGAAGAUAUUGUUAAAAGAUCUGAAAAGAGAACACCUAAUAUAGAAGAGUUACUUCCUCCUUGUAGUACACAUCACCAUCAUCAUCAUUGUUCAGGCCACAAGUCAUCAUCCUGUGACAGCUCUUCUUCUGAAGAUGAUGAUGAUGAUGAUGAUGAUGAUGAAGGUGCAGUAAGUCAGAUUAUGGAAGAAUGGGACAGGAGAAAAAAAUUUCCCAACAGUCUGCAUCCAGAACUUUGGUUUAAUAUUAAAGGUCAGGCCAAUGAUGGACCACUUUGUAGAUGUAGCAUUAAAUCAAGGCAAUCUGGAAUUCGUCAUGAUAUCUAUCCUGGGGAAAUGCCACUGGAAUUGUGUGAUGAGGAAAGCAAUAAUAUUCAUCGUCUCUAUCACUAUCGUCUGACAAUGUCUCCUUAUACUAACUUUCUUACCAAGGUUCCUACUUUAAUCAACCAUGAUAAUCAUGAAUACAUUUUUGAAGGUUUCUCCAUGUUUAGCCAUGUAAAGUUGGAGAACAUUCCAGCAUGUAAACUUCUAAGGUUUAAUAUUGAGUAUACCAUUCACUUCAUUCCAGAGGCAGCACCUGAAAACUUUACAAUACGUAGUCUAAAUUUGUUCAACAGAUUUAUUUUCACUGAGAUUCUGGAUUUAUUUGAUAUGGAUUGGACUGGACAGAAAGGUGGAUGUAAUCGCUUUCACUUCAUGCCAAGGUUUUGUCGAACUCUGCCAGACUCAGGAUGUAAAGAAGUUUUGUCUAUGAAUACAGUUUUAAAUUUUUUACUGAAAUCUGCAAUUCCUCUUGUGGAUGAAUCAAGAGUGAAUGAAAUUAUGGAGAGUGGAGAAAGUGAAUGGCACACAAUGGUGGACAAUUUGAGAGGAAUGAUAGUCACAAAUCCAGGCAUGAAACCAAGCUCAAUCAGAAUUGAUCAGUUAGAUAGAAAGGUCCUAACACUACAAGGUAAUCCUUUGAAACAAAACCUAGACAAUGAUUCUGAAAAAGAGAAGAAAAACACUGAGAAACACAAUGAGUCACAGAUAUUGGAGGAAGAUGGAAGUCUUAAAUAUCCACUCAUAAUUCAUCAGGGUUAUAGACCAGCUCAACUUAGCUAUGCAGGAGAUCCAGUUUAUAGAAAAGCAUGGAAGCAGUAUGUGAAAUUUCGACAUUUGUUGAACAGCAAACCUAAAAUUCUAGCAGCAGAUAAAAUGAAGUUAAAAGAGCAAGAAGAGAAACUCAGAGAAAUUAGAAUGAAGAAGACAAUGAAGAGAGAAGUUACUAUUGAACUAAGUAGCAAAGGGUUUUUAUGCACUGGUCUACGGUCAGACCUCUGUCAGCAUGCUCUGAUGAUUCCUGUAUUGAUGAGCCAUUUGCGUUUCCACAUUUGUCUGGAUGUACUAGAGAAUUCCAUAGACUACAAGUUUGUUGAUAGAAAUCUGCUUCAGCUUUCCCUGACUCACACUUCUUACCGCACAAACUAUGGAACCAAUCCUGAUCACACACGUAACUCACUCACCAAUUGUGGCAUGCGACAGGUGGAAUAUGGGGAUCGCAGAAUACAUUAUCAAAACACUCGUAAGAGAGGAAUCUGUAUAUUAGUUGACAUCAUGUCUCGCUUAGGGAAACAAGAAGAAACUGUUUCAGAAAUUCCUCACAAUGAAAGACUUGAGUUCCUAGGAGAUGCAGUUAUCGAAUUUUUGACCAGUGUUCAUCUAUUUUACAUGUUUCCUUGGCUUGAGGAAGGGGGCUUGACAACUUAUAGAAUGGCUCUUGUACAAAACCAGCACCUUGCUGUACUAGCUAAAAAGCUUAAACUCCAGGACUUUAUGCUGUAUGUACAUGGACCUGACCUCUGUCAUGAAUCAGAUCUUCAACAUGCUAUGGCUAAUUGUUGUGAAGCUAUCAUGGGAGCCCUAUUUUUAGAUGGAGGUAUAGAUGUUGUGGACAGAAUUUUCUCCAAAGCUUUAUUUGAUGAUGAUGAGAUUUUGCUUCACACAUGGAAUGAUCUUCCUAAACAUGUUCUACAACAGCAAGAACCUGGUGGGGAUCGAAGAUGGGUGAAAUCCAGUCCAAUUUUACAGAAAUUAGAGAAGUUUGAAGAAUCAAUUGGAAUAAGAUUUAAUCAUAUCAGACUUUUGGCAAAAGCUUUUACCCACAGAAAUAUUGGAGUUAAUCCAUUAACUAUGGGACAUAAUCAGCGCUUGGAAUUUCUUGGUGAUACAGUUUUACAGCUGGUUGCAUCUGAAUAUCUUUACAAGCAUUACCCUGAACAUCAUGAAGGUCAUUUGUCUCUGUUAAGAUCAUCUCUAGUAAAUAGUCGCACGCAAGGUCUUGUUUAUGAUGACUUGGGAAUGUCUGAAUAUGUUAUUUACAAUGAAAAUGCAAUUAGUGAUGGAGUGGAUAUGAAAACUAAACAACGAGCAGAUAUUCUUGAGUCUUUUGUUGGUGCUCUCUUUGUGGAUAAAGAUUUAGAUUAUUGCACUGCUUUUUGUAAUGUUUGCUUUUUUCCAAGACUUAAGGAUUUCAUUAUGAAUCAAGAUUGGAAUGACCCAAAGUCUCAACUUCAGCAGUGUUGUUUGACCCUUAGAGAAGUUGGUGGAGGCGAACCUGAUAUUCCAGUCUAUAAAGUAAUUGAAUCUAUUGGUCCCACUAACACCCGCAAAUAUGUGGUUGCCGUUUAUUUUCGAGGCAAACGCCUUGCUCGAGGGACUGGUCACAGCAUUCAGCAGGCAGAAAUGGCUGCAGCCACGCAGGCUUUAAAGAAGCGUGCAGAAUUAUUUCCCAUCUUACAACAUCAACGUAGAUUCUUAGAACGUAUGAAGAAAGGGGAAAGACCCAGUGAUGAUGAAAUGGCAAAUGAUAGGAGAAAAAUGAACAAAUAUAAACAGAAGCAGAGAGAUAAAAAAUAAAUCCUUUUUGUUUUGUCACACAGGAGCCAAUUUGUUGUUUUGUAAGCAGUAUGUCUACAUUUAAAAGUGUUGUAUGCCUUUAAUCUGAUGGGUUUCUGAGGCUCCUGUAACAUAUUCAAGUCCAAUGUUGGUUUUUGUCACUUCUUCUGUUCUGUGUGGGGUACCGGGAAUGGGCCAACUUGUCUCUUUUCUAAAAAAAAAAAAAAAAAAAAUUAAAUCCAAAAGGGUGUAAAAACAAAACAUGUAAUUGGUUUAUAAUUUAUAGCUUUCAGAAUUUUCUUGUUAACUAUUUCUUGUAACAUAGUUUUUUUAUAUCAUGAAUCGUGUUGGAUAUUAAUUGAACUUGUCAAUGUAUAUGUCUAUAUUUGAAUGUAAUGUGUCAUAUUAUAUCAGUAUGUUAAUUUAAUAUUUUAUUUAUAAAAACAUGUGUAAGUGACAGAAAUAAAACUUGAAUGUUUUCUCUCAUAGUUCAAUGUAACACCUUCAUAUUGAUCCAUUUCAAUUCUAUUUUCAAAGCAUUUCUUAUUUUAUGGCCAAACAAAAUGUUCAAAGUUUUUUUCUGAUACUCAUGCUACGUACAGACCAUAACAUAUGUUUUUAUAAUUUCUCCUAUCUGUUUACAAUAUCUUUAGUGGUGGGUGGACACUGGACAGGUAUUUUGAAAAUGACUUUUUCUAGAAAUUUGACAGUUUAUGUACAUCUUUGUGAACAGCACACUUUUUUCUUGGCAUAGUCUGCUAAAGAGCUUUUACAGCUCAGCAGCAAAAAGUUAUCUAAAAGAAGAAAAAAAAGAAUGUACAUCUUUGUGGAAAAAAUAAUUACCUAAUUGACAGGUAAGAUUUUUUGGAAAAUAAAAUCAUUUGAAAAUAAAAUUUGAUUUACGCAAUUUUA